AUGUUCUGUGAGGAUUGGGGACUAGUUGAACCUACUGGUCCCUGCCAGGCUGGGUAUUUUUGCCUCGCAGGCAUAAACUUCAAGAAUCCUGAUGCGAAUAUUAGCACAGGGGUGGGUGGGCCGUGUCCUGUAGGUCAUUACUGUCCUGAGGGCACCAGCCUUCCUUUACCCUGCCCGCUUGGCACUUUUUCUAAAAGUCUGUAUGUAAUUGAGAAGACGGGGUGCUCUCUGUGUCCUGCUGGGCUGUUCUGCGGUUCAGUCGGCUUGAGUAGACCAUCUGGACUCUGUCAGGAGGGGUUCUACUGUCCUGCUGGGGCAUCGUCAUCCACAGGCUAUGAUUCUGAAGGUGGUCUCUGUCCUCAAGCGCACUUCUGCCCCGCUGGCAGUGCCGUGCCUGUUCCCUGCCCUGCAGGCACCUAUACCAACCUGACAGGGCAGAUUAAGUGCACUACCUGCCAUGCUGGAUACUAUUGCCCAGAGAGUACCAGCAAAUACAAUAUGUACCCCUGUCCUCCUGGAUUCUACUGCCCUGAUGGAACAAAGCAUGCCGCCCAGUUCCCCUGCCCACGAGGCUAUUACAACCCUGAGCCCAUGACCCACAGUCUGGACAGUUGCCUGCCCUGUCCUCCGGGCCAUUACUGUGAGAAAGAGCGGCUGUCCGCUGUGUCUGGGAAAUGUAAAGCUGGAUGGUUUUGUGUAUCUGCUGCCUGGAACGCUCAGCCCUUUGACUUGGAUAACUACACUAAUGCUAACUGCCUAUGCCCUGCGUCGUCCACUGGGGGCAGAUGCCAGGAGGGGUUUUACUGUCCAUCUGGGACCUCCGAGCCUGUAUCUUGCCCUCCAGGAGCUUUCUGCAACAUGACCGGUCUAGCCCUGCCAAGCGGACCGUGCUCUCCUGGUUAUUACUGCAUGAAGGAAGCCACUUCAUCCAGACCUACAGAUGGCAUCACAGGCAACACCUGCCCUCCAGGAACUUACUGUGACGAGGGCUCUAGUGCACCACAGCCGUGUCCAGCUGGGACCUUCUCCCCAGAAGCAAGCCUCGUAAGCAAGGACGAGUGUCAGCCCUGUAGAGCGGGUUACUACUGCGCUACUACAGGCCUUCAAGCUCCCACUGCCCCCUGCAGGCAGGGUUACUGGUGCCCGGCUGGUCAGACAGAUGACCUAGCUCUGCCGUGUCUGGUUGGUCAUUACUGUCCCCUAGGAAGCCCUGUCCCAAUUCUUUGUCCCACUGGGACAUAUCAGGACAAGCAGAAGCAGGACAUUACUGUCCAGAUGCUGGACUUGAAGAACCUGCAGGUGAGAUUUUAA